UUCUUCUCGCAGCAGCUCUGCCUCCUGCUGGGCAGCGCCCUCGGGGGCGUCUUCAAGAGGACAUCAGCCCGGAAACAAGAAAAUGAGAAAAUAAUGAACUGCUGCCAUCAGCAGAGCCCUUCUGAUAAAGGAUUUAAUCAAAGAUGGGGCAAGAUGAAAAGCUGAGAGCCAAAACCUCUGGGAAAAGACAGCCUGAGGGAUCUCCUGGGCCUCUGUCUUCCUCAGUGAGCUGGAAACUCUGGUCUUCCUGCCUGGCCCAGUCACUAUGGGCCCUCUUCACCUCUUCUCUGGCCAUCUCCCUGGUGUUCGCCGCCAUCCCCUUCUGCCGCGACGUGAAGGUGCUGGCUGCCGUCAUGGCACUGGCGGGCCUGGCCAUGGGCUGCAUCGACACGGUGGCCAACAUGCAGCUGGUGAGGAUCUACCAGAAGGACUCGGCUGUCUUCCUUCAGGUUCUCCAUUUCUUUGUGGGCUUUGGUGCUCUGCUGAGCCCUCUUAUCGCCGACCCCUUCCUGUCUGAGGCCAACUGCUUGCCUGCCAAUAGCACAGCCAAUGCCACCACCCACAGCCACCCGCUCCAUAUUGCCAGGGUCCUGGGCCACCGCCACGCUGAGGCCCAGACUUGGUCCAACCAGACGUUCCCUGGGAUGCCCCCGCAGGACGGGGCAGGGACCCGCGUGUCCUACGCCUUCUGGAUCAUGGCCCUGAUCAAUCUCCCGGUGCCCAUGGCUGUGCUGUAUCUGCUGUCCAAAGAGCGGCUGCUGACCUGCUGCCCGCAGAGGAGGCCCCUGCUCCUGCCCGCAGACGAGCUCGCCCUGGAGACACAGCCUCCUGAGAAGGAAGACACAUCCUCACUGCCCCCCAAGUUUCAGCCAAACGCAGGGCACGAGGACCUGUUCAGCUGCUGCCAGAGAAGGAACUUCAAAGGAGCCCCUUACUCCUUCUUCGCCAUCCACAUCACAGCCGCCCUGGUCUUGUUCAUGACCGAUGGGAUGACGGGGGCGUACUCCGCCUUUGUGUACAGCUAUGCAGUGGAGAAACCGCUGUCGGUGGGACACAAGGUGGCCGGUUACCUCCCCAGCCUCUUCUGGGGCUUCAUCACCCUGGGUCGGCUCAUCUCCAUUCCCAUAUCCUCAAGAGUGAAGCCAGCCACCAUGGUUUUUGUCAAUGUGAUCGGCGUGGUGGUGACGUUCCUGGUGCUUCUUGUUUUCUCCUACAACGUCAUCUUCCUGUUCGUGGGGACAGCCAGUCUGGGCCUGUUCCUAAGUAGCACCUUCCCCAGCCUGCUGGCCUACACCGAGGACAUCCUGCAGUACAAAGGCUGUGCGACCACGGUGCUGGUGACCGGGGCAGGCAUCGGCGAGAUGGUCCUCCAGAUGCUGGUUGGUUCGGUUUUCCAGGCUCGGGGAAGCUAUAGUUUCCUGGUCUGCGGCGUGAUCUUUGGGUGCCUGGCUUUCACCUUCUAUAUCUUGCUCCUGUUUUUCCACAGGAUGCACUCUGGACUCUCAUCAGGUCCAACCCAGGACAAAGCACUUGGGAUGGAGAGUCUUGAGUGCUACCAGAGGUAAAACUGGGUGAGUGAGACAGGCGAAGACGUCUGGCCAAAGGGCCGGGGAGCGCUGGGGCGGCAAUGGAGGCAACCUCUCAACGCCUCGGUUCCAACCUUCACUAAUUCUUGGUUGGGUGGAAGAAAUUAAAUUGAAUUCUGGUAACUGAGUUCACCCUGGGCAGAUCAUUGGAAGUUUACCUGGGUAUCCAGGUCACCUUCCUCUUCCCUGGCUCAGACUUCGGGUGAGAGCGGGCCAGGAGACCCCGUGGGAAGGAUGAAGACAGUUGCUUCACUCCAUCAGCCGCCUCCUCCGUGGACCACAGCCUGGGUUUGAAGAUCACUCUUAGUUGGACGUUUGAACAAACAAGUUGAAAUUAGAAACAAUGAUGAUCAUUGCUUUAUGUAGAUAGAGUUUUUAAAAAUCAAUCAAAACAAACCCCAGGUGAUUCCCUGGCAUGCUCAAAGGAUUUACUUGCUUUUACUUAUUAAUACUCCGAAGCCCCUCCAACCCCUGCUGCUGCUGUCAGUAGUUCAUCUAUAACCUAAAGCAGCAAAAGGAAAAGUUGACUCUUUGGGACACUAACUCAGUGGUAUGCUGGGCUCGUGCAUGCCAGCUUAUAGAAGUCAGUUGAGUUUUCAUUUUGAGAGCUGGUUGUUAAAAUGCAGCCAUUAUUUAAAAUUAAAUUAUAUAAACUUACUACCUUUGCUUUUAAUGUAAUUUAACUAUAACUACUCAAAGCUCAUCACUUCCUAAUUUUUUUCUACCUGUGUUAUUGAGGUUAUUUAUUGUACCCGCAGGGUAGAAAUACUACAUAAAGAUGUGCUUCCGUGUAUUUCUAACUCCACCUUCAGUGAUAACACGUGAGUGGCUUGAGAUCAGCCAUGGUGGGACUGUUUAUAGCUUUUGCCAAUUUCUGUGGUGUAAAGCAUGGCUUUAUUUUCCCCCUCGAGAGCCAUUUGAUCAACAUUUACCAGCAUACCACUAAUAAUCAAUGCUGACUGGUCCAGAAGUUGCCUGGGAGAAUGGGGUAGAUGGCUCUGCUUUUCUCAUUGACAUUGAAUAGCUUACAAAAGGUAUAGAAACAGCAUGAAUUUCUCAAAAAUAUCUAACUUAAACUUUACAUCUCCUCUAGGGGGAGGAAAAAAUUCUUUCCAUCGUGUCAACGUUUUUUUCUUUAACAAAAAGCUGGGCCGCUGCACAGUUCAAGCCGUGUGGUAUACUGAAGGGGGUGUCUGUGCAGGAGCACUCGCUCCUGUCCUGAUGAAACCCUGUAGUCAUACAGAGAGAGGAUGCAAACUGGGCUCGGAGGGCUAAGAGUGCUGGGACUUCUGCAAGUAGCGCAAUGGCUCAUUACAGUCGCUGUUAGUGUAUUAGUUUACCUGAACUUUGUCUGCGUAAAUACAAAUGUCCAUGUAUAAAUAUGCAAAGUAAGUGGGUCGUGGUUCUCAGGAACCUGGCCAAGUGAUGUGGUUCACAUGCCCCACACUGAAAGCGUUAUCCUGGAACCGUAGGCUUUGUAUGUAAGCCAGCUCCGUCUGCCAUCAGCGUGGGGCAGCGAGGAGGGUCUGGCUACUGAGAGAGACCUGGUUCAGGCACUGGCCUCCCCUUUUAGCUGCGUGGCCCUGGGCAGAUCAC